AUGGGGAGUUGGCUGUUCACGGUUCUUCUGACGGGAGUGGUGCUGCUCGGUACUGCGGAGUAUUUCAACUUGAUUAACGCGCGGGCGAAGCUGAACAACGUAGCCGUUCCUUCGCGGCUGUCGGUUUACAUUGGCUGCAUCGGCUGCGCCAUCAUGCCGCUCAUUGCCAUGGUGAAUGGCGGGCUUCUGACGCCAGGAGUGAAAUUUGCUGGCGGGCUGCUGCUGGCCAUGCUGCUAACUCAGCCCAAGCGGCCUCGCUGGAGCCAGUUUACGGGCUACGUCUGCGGCCUCUUCUACUGCGGCUUCCUCCCCAGCUUCUGGGUCACGCUGCGGUGUGGUGUGGCGACUACAGCCACAACGUCGUCGCCAGUGGCGCGGCUGUGGCCUGCCCUGCUGGGAGGGCCGGCCCUGUGGACCACGGGGCUCGUUGCUACCUUCAUGGGCUUUGCGGGGGUUAUUGCUGCCGACACGGGGGCGUAUUUGGGUGGAAAGAACUUUGGCAAGACGCCGCUUUCAGAGCUGAGCCCCAAAAAGACAGUUGAAGGGGCGUUGUUCGGGUUGGCCUCGUCAGUCUCUGUGUCCGUCCUCCUCUCCCAUGCCUUCAGCUGGCCAGCCACACCUAUCAGUGCGGCGGUGCUCGGGGUGAUUGUCUUCGCUUCGUCUCUCUUUGGUGACCUGUUUGAGUCGGCUCUCAAGCGCCAGGCCGGAGUGAAAGAUGCUGGCUCUCUCAUCCCGGGACAUGGUGGAAUUUUGGACCGCACAGAUAGCUACAUCUUCACAGCCCCAGCAAUUUACCUUUUCAUCCGCUAUGGAAGUCCACGUCACGAGAUUGAGAUCUCCGAUUCGGAGACGGAGCCGCUGACGGGCCCGCGAAUCGCCGGCGACGCCAGCGACCGACCAUACGACAGCAGAGAUCGCACGUGCGACACCAGGGAUCGUCCACCUCUCUCGCAAGCUCGGCGAGAAGUCAGGCGACACGACUACGUUCCGGCUCACAGCAGCAGAGACACCGGAACCGCGAGGUUCGGCGAGAGGCCCGGUGUGAGGCCCGGCGAGAGGCUCGGCGAGAGGUCCGACGAGAGGUCCGGCGAGAGGUCCGGAGGGAGGUUCGGCGAGGAGGGCGGGUUGUUGGAGACGCUGGGGCAGGAGAUAGUGGCGAUCGUGACGCCCGUGUCGAUCUGCAUGCUGCUCGUCGUCGCGCUCGUGCUCGCGCUCACGCCGCACGGCGCGUCCGUCACCACGCCCACCAUUGCGACGCUGGUGUACCAGGAAGAGAGGUACGCUAAUCACCUCACAAGCAUUGCUGUGACGCCAGGAUGCAUGCCGCUCGUGCUCGCGCCCACCCCGCACGGCACGUCUGUCACCACGCCUACCAUUGCGACGCUGGUGUAUCAGGAAGAGAGGGCCUGCGACAACAAAUCCUCCCAUGCUCUCCUCUCUUUGUUUCCACGCUCCCUCUUCCCCGCCAGCACGGACGCGCCCUGGCAGCGGCUGUGGGGCGGGGUGCUCUGUUGGACGCGUGGGAGUGGUAGGGCUGGUGGCAACCAUUCACCGCAUGCCCUCGUCUCUUUGUCCCCGGCCCCUCUUCCGUCUCUCCCUCACCAGCACGGACGCGCCCUGGCAGCGGCUGUGAGGCGCUCUGUUAAACGCAGCUGCAGCCGCGUUCGUGCUCGUGGGGCUGUUCUACUGCGCGCCAAUGACUCCCAGGCUCUCCCCUUCCCUUCUCCCACCAGCACGGACGCGCCCUGGCAGCGGCUGUGGGGAGCCCUACUCAAUGCGGCAGCGAUGGUGGCGCUGGUGACGGCAGCCACGUUCGUGCUCGUGGGGCUGUUCUACUGCUGCCCAGUGGACUCUCCCUGUGCCAACCAACCAGUGCCCCCUCUGCUCUCCUCUUUUCACCGCCCUCCCCCUUCCCUCUUUGCCGCCCACACCAGCACGGAUGCGCCCUGGCAACGCCUAUGGGGAGCCCUACUCAACGCAGCGGCGAUGGUGGCGCUGGUGACGGCAGCCACGUUCGUGCUCGUGGGGCUGUUCUAUUGCGGGUGUGCGCGCUGCAUCUGGGGCUACAUGGGCUUCUCUGGAUUCGUUAUAUUCGCCGGGCUGGGCGGCACACUCGCAGUGCAGCUCAUUCAGGUGAGUGUGCGUGUAGCAGGCAUGGGGUUGUGCAUGUGGGUUGGCCUGGUGAACCUGUUCUACUGCGGGUGUGCGCGCUGCAUCUGGGGCUACAUGGGCUUCUCCGGCUUUGUCAUAUUCGCUGGGCUGGGCGGCACACUGGCAGUGCAACUCAUUCAGGUCAGACGCUGUUGA